AUGGCACAAUAUGUAAUAUUGAAAUAUUGAAUAUUAUUUACUAGGUAUUGUGUUAUUUUUGUUUUGUGUAUCACUGAGUGCUCUGACCACAUUCCUUAUCCUUUCGCACAAUUUUUUUUCUCCUCAAAUGUAUUUACGUUAAACCUUAAACAUUACUGUAACGAAUAAUGGAUUAGAUUUUCGUACGUCUUAUAAAUAUUUUACAUUUCAACUGCCUACAUAAAAUAUAAAUUUUCGAGAUUUGGUUAUUCAGCAGUUACUACAACGUCGUAUUGCAUUUCACGUGGUUGUAUUUUGAUACAGUUCUUAAAAUGUUUAACGAAUCUGAGUUAGUAACACAUUUCGAUAGUAUACAUGGUUUUAUCGAAGUAUUAGCUUUGAAGAGUGUGCGUGAAAUUCAAAUGCCAGUAUGUAGUUCUCUCACUCAACUAACCUCAACAGAUUGCCUCAAAUUGAUGAAAUAUGAAUUGGAUAAAUGGUCUAAUCCUAAUGAAUCGUCUAUGGAAAGAAUACUUCUAUUUUAUUUAGUAACAGAUUACAUCGGCUGUGGAUUAUCUUCUCCAGAGUUUCAUACUGUAUUUUAUAAACAUCUUUCCACAGAAGCAUCAAAGAUAAAACUUUUGAAUGAUUUAGUAAAAAUUUGGGAUAGUUUAUUCAAAAAUUAUAAAAUUCCAAAUAUUGAUUUUGUCAAAAAUUUGAUGGCCAGUUUGCAGCGCCUUUUUAUUAAAAUGACAAUUUUAGUUCCUGAUGAUCUUAUCAAGUUUAAAAGCAACAAAGUUAUAGAUAAAAUUAAUUAUUACAUUAAAGAGUAUGAGCAAAAUAUUUUAGAUAGUCAUACAUUAAGUGAUAAUUGUAUGCAACAACAACUUACCUGUAACAAGAAUAGAGUUUAUGGCAUUGAAAACAUAGUUCCAAAAACAUCAGUUAAAUCAAAAUUGAAUUAUUGUAUCCAAAAUCUUGUCCAACAAAAUAAACUAAAAAGAGAUGCCAUGGAUAAAAGUAUAGAAUGUAUGACUUUAAAUAGUCAAAAAAGUAAUAUGGAUCUUCAAAAACAUAAUUCUGAAACUAUAGUGGAUCACCAUCUUCCAAAGAAACCAAAAUUAAUGUCAAGUGAUGUGCUAAAUAGGACUACCACAUCAGAUGCUGACUGCAGUGUAACAGUGCCUCAUGAACAAAGGAAGCUCAAUGCUUUUCAAGUAAUGAUGCUCAAUGCUAAAAAACAAAAAACAAAAUUGAAAUAAAUUACAUAUUUUACUUUUGUUUGUUUUUAUAUAACUAAUAUUUUAGUAUAUUGGAAGGUUUUUCAUUUUUAUUUUUUUGUUACUUAGAUAUUAAUUUGUAUUAAUAUUAUUUGUACAGUAUGAUCAUUUAGUUAUUAGUAGUAUGAAUUAUAUAUUUGAUUAGA